GAUAUUAUGAAGCGAAGCCCCGAGAGGAGCGGGGAGUCGGUGCCGAGUGUGUUCCAACAGCCGGAGGAGUGUGUGUGCGCAGUGUGUGGGACGCGGGGGAACUACUUUAUCUCUUGUGUUCUCUGUGUGUGUCUCCGGGCAGAUGACGGCGGAUUUGGAAGCCGUCGAUGAGCGCGUUUGAAGAGGCUUGCUGCUGAAGACAAGGGGGGGGGAACGAGAAUCGAACCUGUGGCUCGCUCUCUGCCGGUCGUGAUCAAAAAUGAAAUUCCUGAUUUGCGUGGUCGUGGUCGCCUUGGCGGUGAGAUCUGCGCACGGGGGCACAGACUUUGACGAGCCGUGUGCGGGGCGGGACUGCAGCAGAGGAUGCAAGUGCAACCCAGAGAAAGGCAGCAGGGGUCGACCUGGGCCUCUUGGCGACGUGGGUCAGAGCGGACCAGAGGGGCCCCGCGGCACCCUGGGGCCGGUGGGGCCCAAAGGAGAGAAGGGCCAAAUCGGCCUGAGGGCCCCAUCUGGUCCCAAAGGAGACAAAGGACCGAUGGGAGUUCCUGGGUUCCAGGGAACUGAUGGAGUUCCUGGUCACCCCGGUCUGGAGGGCGGCAGAGGGCUACCUGGUCCGGACGGUUGUAACGGGACCAGAGGAGAACCCGGGGACCCCGGCUACGGGACAGGAUCACCUGGAUACACUGGACCUGCUGGGCCUCUUGGGAUAAAGGGCCAGAAAGGAGAACCUCGAUACUUCUCGAAUGGCGGCAGCGGGAGUUAUCCAGGACAGCCGGGACCCGACGGUCGACCUGGAAUCCGAGGUCCCGAUGGUCCGUCUGGUUCACCUGGUCCUCAAGGACCUGAGGGAUACUCGGGUCCUCCCGGCCCCCCCGGCCCCCCAGGGCUGAUGGGGAGUCGCAGUGACGGAUAUCAAGGAGAGAAGGGAGACAAGGGCGACUCAGGUCUCCCCGGACCCAGCGGCACCCCCGGCGACGGGUCACUAAGAAGUGAACAAACUCUCACUAUCUACAAAGGAGAUAAGGGGGAACCAGGAUUCAAGGGCGUCCAAGGAUUAGCUGGAAACCCUGGUCAACCUGGGCCGUUCAGUUAUCGAGGUGAAGUCGGAGAGAAGGGCAUUCCUGGAUACCCCGGGGCGAGAGGCGCUCCAGGUUUCAACGGCCCCCCCGGCGCUCCCGGACAACAGGGAUAUGGCGGUAACCCAGGUUUCCCCGGGCAACCAGGAUACAUCGGACCCAAGGGAGACCUGGGAGACCCCGGACCACCAGGACCCUCCGUCUACGUGAAUGGGCCGAGCAACUAUGUUCAAGGACUACCAGGUGACCCAGGACUUAACGGCCUGCCUGGCGCCCCCGGUGACGGGGGAUCUCCUGGGUAUCCAGGACCACCAGGGCCACCAGGAUCCGUGCUGGACCCCACAGGUCGUGGUGGCACCCCAGGAUUCCCCGGCAUCCCGGGCCCCAAGGGAGAGAAGGGUAACGGCGGUCUACCAAGCUACGGCCAGGAAGGACGGCCAGGCUCCUCCGGUUUGCCCGGAGCCCAGGGCCCCCGCGGACCUCCAGGCCCCACGAGCUCGACAGGCGAUCGCUGUAUCAUCUACCCCAAAGGUUCAGCAAAAGGUACCGGAUACGCUGGACAGCCCGGGCUGCCCGGCUCCCGAGGACAACCUGGUGGCACCGGUUACAAUGGCUUAAGAGGAGAUCCUGGCGACUGUAAUUGUAGAGGAGGAGGCACUACAGGGUUACCAGGGUUACGCGGCCCCCCCGGAGUCAAUGGCGGCCCCGGCUUCGGAGGACGAAAGGGAGAUUCUGGUGACCCCGGCUCACCUGGCUUUGGUGGCGGUCAGGGACCUCCUGGUCGACAAGGUGGACCAGGUUUCUUUGGCCGUAAGGGAGAGAAGGGGGCGUCUUAUUACCGCGGCCCAGAUUUUGGAGUGAAGGGAGAACUCGGAACUCCAGGGCCCAGAGGACCCAACGGUGAAACUGGAAAACCUGGCAGAGACGGACUACCUGGCUUCCCAGGAGGCCCCGGGCCUCCGGGUGACGGCGGCUACGGCACAGUUGGAGAGAAAGGUUUCCCAGGAUACCCGGGGGCUAAGGGUCGUCCCGGAGGCCCUGGCUAUCCCGGUAGCGGCAGCGGCGGAGCGCCAGGCACUCGCGGAGCUGAUGGAGAUCCCGGAAUACCUGGGUCACCAGGGUCAACUGGUGCACCUGGACCGCCAGGCCAAUCGCGGAGCUGCGACACAGCUGAUGCGGGAGACCCCGGUUUACCCGGUUUACCCGGACGACCAGGCCCGAAAGGUCGACCAGGUUCCUCAAACCAACCAGGACGUCCCGGGUUUGACGGAUCCAAAGGAGACAGAGGAGAACCCGGUACUGGAGGUCAACCUGGAUCACCAGGUUUCCCUGGACCCAGAGGUGAUUCUGGAGGUCCAGGUAACCCAGGACAAGGUUUUGACGGAGGCCGGGGGAAGGAUGGCCUUCCUGGGCGUCCAGGAGCCAAGGGCCAGCCUGGAGAGGUACUGGGAGCCACGCCUGGUGUUCCGGGGCGUGACGGUUCACCGGGACUUCCUGGAGACAAGGGCCAACCUGGGACGCCGGCAGGACCUGGAUCACCCGGUUUUGACGGACGCUCAGGCGUUCCUGGACUAAAGGGAGAGCGCGGCGUUGACGGUCUUCCUGGUUUUCCCGGCUCCCCUGGACCUCCAGGUGAGCCGAGAGGCGGCAUCCCCGGUCAACCGGGACUUCCUGGCAGCAAGGGACUGGGCGGAUCACCAGGUUACCCCGGGCGCAAGGGAGACAUAGGAGACCCAGGAUUCCCAGGGCCUGCUGGCAUGAAGGGAACCCCAGGACAGCCUGGCACCCCUGGUUCUCCAGGGUCCAGGGGAACCCCAGGACCUCCAGGACCAGGAACUAGAGAUGGAAUUCCAGGAAUCCCAGGAAGGAAGGGUGAGAGAGGUUUCCCAGGGCUGAUGGGUUUCCCUGGACUACCAGGGCGCCCUGGUAGUCCAGGCUUCCCAGGAGGCAAAGGACUGCCCGGAGGGCCUGGAAGAGAUGGACUUCCUGGUGGACCUGGAUACCACGGACAGAAAGGUGAGCGGGGAUACACCGGCCGCUCAGGCUUGCCCGGCAUACCCAGUCGGUUAGGUUAUGUGGAGAAAGGAGACCCCGGAAACCCUGGAAGCAGCGCACUUCCUGGCUUCCCCGGACCCAGAGGUGACAAAGGUCUGCCAGGUCUGCCUGGUCGUCAGGGUCUGCCUGGACUUCCUGGUUAUGCGGAGCAGAGUAAAGGACAGCCGGGUGAGCCUGGCUACCCCGGACGCGCUGGAGGUCCAGGAUACCCUGGACCGAAGGGAGAGGCUGGAAUCAUGGGAUUCCCCGGCAUGUCCGGAGCAAGGGGUGAUGAUGGUGGAACUGGUUUCCCUGGUAACCCCGGAGAACCUGGUCGACCUGGUGCCAAGGGUAUACCCGGGGAAACUUAUGGUUAUCCUGGAGGUCCAGGUUCUAAAGGUCAGCCAGGAGAUUCAGGCUUCCCAGGUGGUCGUGCUAACGACGGCGCUCCCGGUGACAACGGCUUUCCAGGAAGUCCAGGUUACUCUGGAGCAAAGGGAGCUCCUGGUGAAGGAGGACGGCCUGGAAUAACGGGCUCCCCUGGUUUCCCCGGACCAAAGGGUCAGUCCUUCUACCCAGGACGAAGAGGACAAGACGGGGGACCUGGUCUGCCGGGAAGUCCUGGAGGACCUGGAGCCAAAGGUUUGUCUGGAUCCCCUGGUUUGGAUGGACUUAACGGCCUCGGAGGACCUAAAGGCCUCCCUGGAACUCCGGGUGGAAACGCAGGAGGUAUUCCAGGUACCCCGGGUAUUCCAGGGCUGAAGGGAGAGAGGGGCGUCUCCUACCCGGGAGCUCCCGGCUAUCCUGGAGGGAAGGGAGAGAGAGGAGACCCAGGUGGUUCUGGACUCCCAGGAUUCCCUGGUCGACCUGGACUUCCUGGUGAGAAUGUGGGGUCCAAUUUCCCCGGACCUACGGGAGAUCCUGGACUCCCUGGACUGGAUGGAGAGUAUGGUUUCCAGGGUCCUCCAGGUCCACCCGGGCCCCCUGGUCCAGGCACAGCACAGGGAGACAGAGGUGACCCUGGGCUGCCAGGCUUCCCUGGCUCCCCCGGCAGGAAAGGAGAAACUGGAGGCCCUGGGGGCCCCGGAAGCCCUGGUUUCCCUGGUAUCAAAGGGGAACGAGGUGAGAGUGGUUACAGCGGAGGUCCUGGUCUAAAAGGUUUCAACGGUGACUCUGGUUACUAUGGAAACAAAGGAGCCAAGGGAUUGCGAGGGCGUACUGGUCGUAAGGGUUACCCCGGAGCUUCGCUGCCAUGGAUACCAACUGAUCGACCCUUGGGAGAAUUGGGUUUCCCAGGCGAUGGCGGAACCCCUGGUUCCCCCGGAGAGCCCGGUCAGCCUGGAGAAUCCGGACCCUCAGGUGCUAAAGGUCCUCCUGGCCCUGUGGGUAAACUGGGCAGGACCGGAUCUACUGGUCCUUCUGGAACUGUCGGUGACGGCGGACCACCUGGUUUCCCGGGGCCAACUGGAGACCAAGGUCUUCCCGGUAACACCGGUCGCCCCGGCCUUCCUGGCGGAGUCGGUCGUGGCUCCAGCAUCGGCUACACGCUGGUGAAGCACAGCCAGGACGCCCAGGUUCCCAUGUGUCCUCAGGGCAUGGCCCAGCUGUGGGAAGGCUACAGCCUGCUGUACGUGGAGGGGCAGGAAAAGGCCCACAACCAGGAUCUCGGUCAGCCGGGCUCGUGUCUCCCCAGGUUCAGCACCAUCCCCUUCCUCUACUGCUCCCCCAACGAGGUCUGCUACUACGCCAGCCGCAACGACAAGUCCUACUGGCUCUCCACAACCGCGCCCAUACCCAUGAUGCCCGUGGCCGAGGAGCAGAUCCGACCUUAUAUCAGCAGGUGUUCGGUUUGUGAGGCGCCGUCUCAGGCUGUGGCCGUCCACAGUCAGGACAUGAACAUCCCCAGCUGCCCCCCCGGCUGGAGGAGUCUCUGGAUAGGAUACUCCUUCCUGAUGCACACGGCGGCGGGCGCGGAGGGCGGCGGUCAGUCCUUGGUGUCUCCCGGCUCCUGCCUGGAGGAUUUCCGCGCAACGCCGUUCAUCGAGUGCAACGGCGCCAAGGGCUCCUGCCACUACUUCGCCAACAAGUACAGCUUCUGGCUCAUCACCGUGGAUCCCAGCCAGGAGUUCCGCUACUCGCCGGUGCAGGAGACCCUGAAGGGAGGCCAGGAGCGCUCCAGAGUCAGCCGCUGCCAAGUCUGCAGCAAGCUCUUGUAGGAGGAGGUGAAGGAUGGAGGAGCAGAGGGAGGUGAUAUACUAACACUUCAAGGAAAGGAAAUAAGGAGGAGGAAAUGAGUUAAAAAGAAAUCUAUAAAAACCAAGAACAUGUGACUGACUGAAAACGAGCCCCUCUCCUGCUUCACCGAUGGUUUCACGAUUAAGUCGAGCGACACCGGUGCGUUUUCAGAGUGUUUUUUUAAUGUUUAUCCCCGUUUAGGAAUGAGUGUUGGAUGGAGGAAAUGAAAAGAGAAGGGUUCCCGCUCUUCUCUCGAUUAUCACUGACAAUGGUGCUAUUGUUUAUGUUCUUUUGUGUGUAUUUUGUGUCUCGUUACGUUUUUUGGGGCGAGAAUCGUUUCUCGGCUACCUCGGAGAGUGCCGCCGCUUCGUAUCGCCCCGCCCCGCUCACACGUCUGCUUCAGAUGAGUCCGAUCAGAGGGGAGUCAGAUGUUUUUGGUGUGAUUCUCAACAGCUGAUCUGGUUCAACUGAAGCAGACGUUCACCUGAUCCUGGAUCAAAGACACAUUUGAAAUGAAACAGCCACAAUAAAACUGUCGGGUACAAGAGUGUAACUGCAGUUAAUUUACAGCCAAAGCUGUCGCAUCCUCUGUCCUGAUGAUUUUGCACGUGUUGCAUGAAAAGCUUCAGUGUAUGGGUUUGAAAAUCAAGUUGCAGAGACUUGAUACUUGAGACAUCUACAGAUUUUAUUCUUUCUUUUAUUGCAAUAAUAGGAACUACACAGAAACUAUAUAUAUAUAAUGGUUUAUUUGAGAAACUCCAAAAUCCAACAUCAUGAUUACCUGUUAGCUGGUUUGCAAACCACAGUGAAACCCAGCAGAGGAAGAAGAACCAGAAAAAGAGCUCAAAUGUAUCAGAUGCACAAAACACAGGAACCUGAAAAUCAACAAGAAUUAAAUCAAUUUUAAUUAAAUGUAAUAACUCACUUGCGUUUCCUCGAGCUUUUGUUUUUGCGAUGUUGUGCUCAAACUCCACCUGCUUCUGAAGACUAAACUUUUACAGUGUAUUCUGGAAGAAAUGCAAUGUAUUUGAUUUUUGUGCAAAAAAAAACAUGCAAAACCAUCAGAACAGUCCUUUAACUGUGCAUUUGUCUUGUCUCAUAUUCCUGUGAUGUUUGCACGUUUCACAUUUGGUGCUACACAACCCUGACAGUCGACUUGAGAUGCAGCAUUUAACGACAGGUUUUCUAUUCUAACUGCAAUAAAAAGACAAACCUCUCCUGCAACAGCCUCAGUUAACUCCAGUCACUUGAAUGAGGCCACUCAUUUAUAUUUAUAUUGCACUGAUGUGAGCUCUUCUGGAUCAGAACGAUAAACGAGUCGGACAAAGGGGGCGUGUUUCCUCAUCUCCACUUUCAUAGGAUUUCUUUUUUAUGUUGUGACCAAACUCGUAUUUUUUUUUUUAAAUCACAGUGAACCCUUAACAACAGGAAACACACACACACACAUAGAUGAAUUAUUGCUGUACAUAGUGCUUACUGUAUUUCCCAGAAAAAUAUGUUAGCGCAAAGGUCUAUAAUGUUAGCUCCUUAUUGUAUUUAGACGUUCUCCCAGUUUCGUGUCUUUUCACUGUCCGCGGAUCAAAAAAGAGGAAGAAAUGUCUUAUUUCCUUCGCAGAUCAUUUCUUACGUUGAAUUUGCAUCGUAUGCUGUCUACGUGUUUUUGAUAAUAUCCGCGGGCAGUGAAAGCCUCUGGGUGACUUGUAACCACUAUGACCUCUGUGUCUGCACAUAGCUCUGCUGGUAGCCCUGACUUCAUUCCCUAUGUCACAUUUGACCUUUUCUGUUUUUUGUUUUAAUUUUUUCGUCUGCAUUUGCUGGUUUGUAAUCUAGAUUGUAAUUAAGUCUUGAUACUAUCCCUUGGUUUUAUUUACUGAGAUGGGAGGGAAUGGGAAGAUUAUGAUGUGUACAUUAAAUAUUAUGGAGAAAAAAAACGUCUUUAGGAUGUUUUUAUAUGGAAAGUAUAUUCACAGCUGAGGAUUUAACAGCAGGACAGCGGUUGUUGUCCAUUUGCUCUUUUACCACAUGUUCAACAAGCGACAUGCUCAAAGUGCCUGGAGUGACAGAAAAAAGAAAAGUGCAGUUUUUUCCUCAAAGAGGAUCUAUAACGGAAAAGAAUCAUAACACGUCUUUUAUUGUAAUGUGUAUUUCUGUGCUCACACAUUUGGAAAUAAAGUUUCUAAUCCAACCGAGAAA